GCACACCUUAAAGGGAUUCCUUCCCUAAACAAAGUGGUGAUUGUCUGGAACAAUGAGGAUGACCCAUCUGCUGAGCUGAAGUGGCCCGAUAUUGGAAUACCUAUUGUGGUUGUCCGUGGUAAAGGUAACAGUUUGAACAAUAAGUUUCUGCCCUACAAGGAGAUAGAGACCGAAGCUGUGUUGCAACUUGACGAUGAUGUCCUUAUGGCUCCUGAGGAGAUAGAAUUUGGUUUCAGGCAAGUAUAUGUGCUUGGUGUAAUGACUGGUGUAUUAGAGUUUGCAUGGCACCUGCUGUAUACAACGGAUUACGUGUGUAAACGGUACGGUCAGGAUCACGAUCCAGAUUAACCAAUCCUACUCCAGGAGGUGGAUUAGAAAUAGAUUUAGGUCAUAGCUGAACAGUGCGUGGGCAUACUUUUACUUAAUACAUCGCUACUGU